AUGAAUGCAGGACCACACAUGCAUCGUGCGUUGAGAGGCCAUCGAGCGAUCUUGAGAAAACCGUUGGGAUUGGUGGAACGCGUGCAAGAUGAGUACACCUGUGCCAAGUGUUUGGAGGUUACGCGGGCACUUGAGGCCUCGUUCCUAUACUUCUGGUGGGCAGCAUGGACUGCGGGAAAUGCCAGUAGCCCCAUCACUUCUGUGCGUGUGCAGGUACGCUAUUUACAUUCGUAA